CGGCACACGGGUUCAUUUAUAUUGCCCGAGCUGAGCGCUUGCUAAGGGUGUAAACCCAUAUUCACUACAAGAGAAUGGUGCAAACGUCAAUGGAACGAACUAAAACACGCGCGAGUCGCGACACCUGCCGGAUGAGGUCAUCGGCCGGUUCCUGACUGGAGAAGCCUUUAUGCGCAAACCGAGGAUCUCUUAAAGUUGCGGGUCAAUCCGCAACCGCUGCAGCUUCAUCCGAUAUCUCCAUUUCUUCAAUCCACCGGAGAAAUCGCAGUUAACUCAGUGCAAUAGCCACUCACUAUCAUCUUUCAAACUGAGCACUCUCCUCCCAUCCACAAUGGCAGCCAGAAAUACCCUCCGUCGCGCCCUUCUCUACAUCCCGGGCUCCUCCCAACGCUUCAUCGACAAAUCCCGCACUCUAACCGCCGACUGCGUGGCCUACGAUCUCGAAGACAGCGUAACUCCGCACAAGAAAGCGGAAGCUCGGUCCCUGGUGCGGAGAGCGCUUGACGAGCCCGCACCGCAGGGAAUCCGCGAACGAGCCGUGCGAAUCAACUCCGUAGACAGCGGACUCGCCCUAGGCGAUCUCACCGAAGUGCUCAAAUCCCCCAACCUCACCACAAUCGUAAUCCCCAAAGUCAACACCCCCUCGGACCUCACCUUCGUAAACGACGUCAUCACACACACUCUCUCCCAACAGCAACAAACACAAGACCCCUCAACCCCAAGAACUCCCAUUUCCCUCCUCGCCUUAGUCGAAUCCGCCAAAUCCCUCACAAACCUCACCCAAAUCUGCGCUUCCACGCCCCUCCUGCAAGGCCUCAUCUUCGCAGCGGAAGACUUCGCUCUCGAUCUCAGCAUCACUCGCACCCCAUCACUCACUGAAUUCCUCUUCGCAAGGUCCAUGAUUGCUACUGCUGCUCGCGCUGCAAACCUCCCCUCGACUAUUGAUUUGGUCUGCACGGCGUAUAAAUCAACCAAGGGGGACGGGUCUCCGCCUGCGGUGCUGGAGGAGGAAUGUCGUGAUGGGAGACGGCUGGGAUUCAACGGGAAGCAGUGUAUUCAUCCGUCGCAGGUGGAGACGGCGCAGGCGAUCUUUGGACCGGAUCAGGAGGAAGUUAAGUGGGCUGUGAGGGUGUGUGUGGCGGAUGAAAAGGCUGCCAGGGCCGGGCGGGGUGCGUGGACGCUGGAUGGGAAGAUGAUUGAUGUGCCGGUAGCGGAGAAGGCUAGGGCGGUGGUUAGGAAGGCUGAGGCGUGUGGAUUUGAUGUUGGGGGUUUGAGGGAGGAGUGGGGGCACCAGGAGCCGGAGUGA